AAUGCCAUCAAACUAUCUACGAGCCAUCAAAUUGCAACAGUCUGGGAACUAUUCGACAACGAUGAAUCGUUAAGAGUGGGCAUUAUCACAGGCAGCGGUAGAGCGUUCUGCGUCGGAGCAGACCUGGACGGUGAGAUGUGAACCACGACGAGGCCGAUGCUGAGUUUCCUGACAAGCCGGAUCUAGAAUGGAACACCAUGAACAAAGCUGGCACCACCAACUCCAUGCGAGCACCAGGUCUCGCGGGCCUCCCCCGCCGCUCCGGCAAGAAGCCCAUCAUCGCCGCCGUCAACGGAAUCACCAUGGGUGGCGGUUUCGAGAUGGUUGCCAAUUGUGACAUCGUCGUUGCAAGCGAACACGCCAUCUUCGCUUUGCCCGAAGCGAAACGUGGAAUCGUGGCAGUCGCAGGCUCCAUCCCACGACUUACCAGGACUCUAGGGCUGCAACGCACCAUGGACCUCGUGCUCUCGGGACGCAGUGUCCCUGCCUCCACAUUGGAAAGCUGGGGUCUGAUCACGCGGGUGGUUCCCAGCUCCGAGAGCGUCGUGGCCGCCGCGAUCCAGGUGGCAAGGGAAAUGUGCGCUGUCAGCCCGGACGCUUUGAUAGUCGGUCGUCUCGCUGUCCGGCUGAGCUGGGAACGAGGCAGCGUGGAAGACUCAGUGGACGAGGUCGCGAAACUUUGGUAUCCCCGUCUGAUGGCCGGACCCAAUUUCGCGGAGGGCAUUCGCGCGUUCGUCGAGAAGCGUCAGCCCAAGUGGAUCGAUUCUAAGCUUUGACACCACACUAUCCCGAAUGUCAUGUCUUAGUUUGUCAGAGUGAUUCAUAGCCUGAAGGGACCCUGCAUCUUCGAAGCGAGAAACUUGUAGCAUGCGAAGCUGGCCCACGUACACACACUAUACUAUCCUAUCGUGGUCGUUUUCGGG